AUGGUCAAUCUAAACCCAAGGAUAAAGAACGAGAUCCAGAAGCUUUAUAACGCGAACUAUGAAGUCAGGAUGAUUGAGGGGAGGCAUACACAGAUGGAAGUCUUGAUCAACGGCCCAGAAGACUCACCAUACAGUGGUGCAAAGUACAUUAUCAACAUACUCCUUCCAGAUAACUACCCAUUCAAAAGCCCUUCAAUAGGAUUCACAACUAGAAUAUUCCACCCAAAUGUAGACGAGGCAAGUGGUUCCAUAUGCCUUGAUGUCCUCAACCAGAUAUGGUCCCCCAUAUAUGACCUCCUCAACAUUGUAGACAUCCUUCUCCCCCAGCUUCUGUCCUACCCUAACGCAGCAGACCCCUUGAAUUGUGAAGCUGGUUCUAUGUAUUUGACCAACAGAGAGAAGUAUAACGAGAUUGUUAGGAGCUAUGUCAAGAAGUAUGCUAUCCCUAUAACCAAAGAGAAGAUAGAUACAGAGACAAACAACAACCUAAGUGAUGAGGAAAGUUUAGGCUUUUAA